CGCCGAGUUCCUGUUUUUCGCAGCACACGCUCUCUCGGGCGGCUGCAGUCGGAGGGGUCUAUUUUUGAAAAGGCACCGUCAGGAGGAGGAUGUGGUCUCCGUAUUGUUUCCCUCUUCGGCGUGUCUCCGCUGCGGUAGAUCUGGGAUGAUAUAGGACACUGAUUGCAGCAGCUACAGAUGAUGCAGACGAUGGAGAGCAGCUCGUGCACCGAGGAUCGUAUCCAGCACGUCUUGGAGCGCUGCCUCUGUGACCUGGGUGUCGACACUCCUGACAAGCAGCUCUGGAACGCCGGACUGUGCAUAAACCGCUGGUGUUUGGAGGAACUUGUGAAGAGAGAUGCCCACAACUUCCUCAUCCUUCUGCAGAAAAUUCUGAGGAAAACAAAGGAGGUUUUAGAGCAGUGUCAGUAUGAGCUGGUGGUUCCCCUCACGCUCCUGUUCUCGUCAACCCUCCUUAAGGCACCGUACGUGGCUCCGGACAGCGGCGUGCUGCAAGAGGCCUCGCUGCUGUUCCGUGGCUUCCUGACGUGGCCCGAACCUUGCAGCUCUGCCUGUAAACGUCUGCUUGAGAUCAUCCAGCAAGAGCUCCGAGCACCAGGUAUUUUAUUCCAUAGACUGGUGAGAGCAGAGCAAAGUAUGUCCCAUGAGGUCCACGGCACCAAAACCACAAUGGUGCUGUUGGUAAGUCAGGACGAUGAAGUUUCUCCGGAGGUCCAGUCUGUGUUGGAGCAGCUGAGCACCACCCGGGAGUCCAGCAGAGACGUCACAAUCACUCUGAUCCUGCACAGCUUUCAGGCCACGUUGGGCACCAGACUCGACCUGCAGGCCCUCCACGCCGCCCUGCAGAGGAAAGAGAGCGAAGAAUUAGAGCAGCUCCUGGAGGAAGUGAACGACUGCAUGGAGACGGCAGCCUCUGCAGCAGAUCUCAGCGUAGCUAGACAGGAUCUCCUCGACACCAUGGAGAGACUUAGAGAAAGCCUCGCUGUUCCUGCUUCUGCUGAUGAAUGCAAAGACUCUGGUGCGGUCGAGACGUUCGCGCUGCCCUUCCCCAAAUGCCAAACGUGUACUUGGGAAAACGAUAUCUUUGAUAUCCUGAAAGGUGUUCUUGCAGCCGAGUCCGACCUGGAUUCACCUCCAGACUGUUUCCUCAAAUCAGAAAUGGACGAGGAUUAUAACAAUGACACCAGCGUGGACGAGGAAGACGAUUUGGACGGACCCAAAGCGUACGAUGAGUUUCAGAGCCAUCGGAUCUCCACUGCAUCUUCAUCAUCUAGGGACUCCAUGUUUUCCAGCUAUUCUCUGUCUUCCAGCUGGUCUGUGCCGUCGAGCUCGUCGGGCGUGGAAAGCGACUUGGGCGAGGACACCGCCCAAGAGGACGCAGAAGAAGGACAAGACAGUCAACCAAAACCUAGAAAGAAACCCAAAAAAAAGUCCAAAUCCCUCUUGGGCAUUGAGCGCUUCUCCAUGCUUUUCAAGAAUCCCCGCAGUCCUAACAUUUGCCGCCGUGUCCAGAGUGCGGGCUUCCAUGACGAUUUGGGCAAAGACUUUCUAAGAAUUGGGUCACAGCUCAAAUACUCCAGGUCCUUGUCCCGAAAGUAUCGUCCUCUGCAGACGCCCACCUCUCCGCUUUCUCCGCAGAAGCAUGUGUGCGUCCGGAGGAGGCCGAUCUUCAGCUGUGACGAGGAAAGUGUGGCGGAAGCGCCGACCCUGGUCAAAGUGGUGGUGUUUGGAGGCGACAGGGAGGCUGGCAGGCUGGCCAGAGCAUACAGCGACCUGCAUCAGAAAGAAAGCAAAUGCCCCAGACUCACCAAGGUGUGCAAACUGCAGUUUUACUUUGUUCCUACGAAAAGGAGAACUGGAAGUCCAGGAGGAGGGCACACGUCAACUGAAGGGCAGACAGGAAGUUUAACCAAGACCGUUGCUUCUGUGGAGUCAAAUGGCGAACAGAUGGAGAGCAGUACAACCGAAAUAGCCCAGAUGUUGGGAAUGGUGGAUCCAUGGUACGAGCGGAACAUCCUCAGUCUGCUCAGUCUGUCUUCUGACGUCCUUUGUAAGGCUGCUUCUAAGAACGACAGUGUCUCAGAGUGCAGUGGGCACACGCAGCACCUUCCUCUUCUGGCCGACUUGAUGCUUUAUUACUGCCGACAUGCCGACCAGCCUGUUCUGGUGCAGCUCUAUCAAGCUGAGCUGACCCUGGCUGGGGGAGAGAGGAGAAGGGAAGUGUUUAUUCACUCUCUGGAGCUCGGGCACACCGCUGGAGCCAGAGCUGUCAAGGCCAUGGGGGCGGCCAGCAAAAGGUUUGGGAUUGACGAAGAGCGGGAGGCUGUCCCUUUAACACUAAGCGUGGCCUACAACAAGGUGGCUGUGAGUGGAAGAAGUCAGUGGAUAAAGGCAGAAAUCGUCUGCACAUCGAUUAAUGUUUACAAAACGUACAAGAAACAUGAGCAGCCAGAUUCAACAGGGAGUCUGCAGCUGACAAUGACAGAAGUCCUCAAGAGGCAGUCUUCCAAGUCCAAGAAGGCAUACAACCAACAAAUCUCAAUAUCAGAAGUGAAGGUGGACAGGGUGCAGGUGAACGGCGGAGAGGACGGGACAACGUUUGCUGUGUGUCUGGAUCAGGACGAAAAGAAGUUCAUCCAAAGCGUCACCAGGUGUGAGGUGUCUCUGUGCUCUAAACCAGGAAGCAGUUCGGACUGGAGGUCCUACAAGGCGUUACCGGGCCAAGUCCAGCCUCUCCACCCGUCCUACUGCUCUUUGCUCUGCCUUCCCAUCACCUCCUUCUCUGUCUCGUAUCCGUGACACACUUGAUGCUCCACCGGACCGAACUAAAAACAUCUGUGUGAUAUUCACAAAUACGCGGCUCACCACAGGAGAGCCAGGUCUUCAGGCCAGGAUUCAGCCAUCCACCUACACCUAGAGGACAAAGGGCGCUCCUUUGAGGACAACAGCGUCCAAUAGCGUGGGAUGUAAUCCUAUGACCUGACUACUUGAGUACUGAUCCAAUAAUUAUAAUAAAAUAAGCUAUUUAUUUAGAUUUUUAACCACAAAAGCCUAUAUAUGCAUAUAUUCCAGAUUUUAUACGUGUUUUUAAAUGUCACUGAACUGAAUUAAAGCCUCUUUUGUUCUCGGU